UCAAAGAAUCAUACUCAAACAGCUACCUGAAAUGGGAGAAUCCAUGUUUGUCUCCUUGGCCUUUCUAAUGCUUUGUACCGUGCUCCAAAGGGUGUGGUCACAUGAAGAUCAGCCUCUUUCAAAAGUUGCUGUUCAUAAGGCAACAGUGUCACUUCUUGACCUUGCUUACAUCAAAGCAUCACCAGCUAUUCUUGGACAAGAAGGGAAAACUGCUGAGUGGAUAACCCUGGAGUACAGUUCUCCAAUUCCAUCCAUUGAUGAUUGGAUUGGAGUAUUCUCUCCUGCAAACUUUAGUGCUUCCACAUGUCCAAAAGAAAACCGUAGAGUCUAUCCACCACUACUGUGUUCUGCGCCCAUUAAGUAUCAAUAUGCAAAUUACUCAAGCCCCUUAUACAUAGUACAUGGAAAAGGGUUUCUGAAGCUUCGGUUGAUCAAUCAGAGAUCAGAUUUCUCAUUUGCACUAUUUUCUGGUGGCUUGUCAAAUCCAAAGCUUGUGGCAGUGUCAAAUAAAAUAGCUUUUGCUAAUCCAAAUGCUCCAGUUUACCCUCGCCUUGCACUAGGAAAGUCAUGGAAUGAGAUGAGUGUAACAUGGACAAGUGGAUACGGGAUCAGUGAUGCUGAACCUUUUGUUCAAUGGGGUCCAAAAGGAGGGGAUCAUAUGCAUUCACCUGCUGAGACACUGACUUUCACUAGCGAUAGCAUGUGUGGUUCACCAGCAAGAACAGUGGGAUGGCGUGACCCUGGAUACAUACACACAAGUCAUCUAAAAGAACUGUGGCCCAAUAGAUUAUAUGAGUACAAGAUAGGACACAAAUUAAACAAUGGUACAUUUAUCUGGAGCGGAAACUAUCAGUUCAGAGCACCUCCUUUUCCUGGACAGAAGUCCUUACAACGUGUUCUCAUAUUUGGAGAUAUGGGAAAGGAGGAAAUUGACGGUUCCAACGAAUACAACAAUUUCCAGCAUGGCUCAAUUAACACUACUCUGCAGCUUAUCCAGGACUUGGAAAACAUUGACGUUGUUUUCCAUAUUGGAGAUAUAUGUUAUGCAAAUGGUUACCUUUCUCAAUGGGAUCAAUUUACAGCACAGGUGGAGCCAAUUGCAUCAGCUGUGCCCUACAUGGUUGCAAGUGGGAAUCAUGAGCGAGAUUGGCCUGGAACAGGAUCCUUUUACGAGAACAUGGAUUCUGGAGGAGAAUGUGGUGUGUUGGCACAGACUAUGUUCUACACCCCUGCUUCAAACAGGGCUAAGGUUUGGUAUUCAAUUGACUAUGGCAUGUUCCGCUUCUGUAUCGCUGACACUGAACAUGAUUGGAGAGAAGGAACAGAACAAUACAAGUUCAUUGAGCAUUGUUUCGCUUCAGUUGACAGACAAAAACAGCCGUGGCUAAUUUUCCUUGCACAUAGGGUACUUGGAUACUCCUCUUGUAUCUGUUAUGCAGAAGAGGGAUCAUUUGCUGAACCAAUGGGGAGAGAGAGCCUUCAAAAGCUAUGGCAGAAGUACAAGGUGGACAUUGCCGUAUAUGGCCAUGUGCACAAUUAUGAGAGGACAUGCCCCAUAUACCAGAAUAUCUGCACUAAUGAAGAGAAAUACCACUAUAAGGGAACCUUAAAGGGGACAAUACAUAUUGUUGCUGGUGGUGGUGGAUCUAGCCUUUCAACAUUUACUUCCCUCAAAACCAAAUGGAGCAUCUUUAAAGACUAUGACUAUGGAUUUGUAAAACUAACUGCUUUUGAUCACUCAAAUUUGUUGUUUGAGUACAAGAAGAGCCGAGAUGGGAAGGUUUAUGACUCCUUCAAUAUAUCACGUGAUUAUAGAGACAUAUUGGCCUGCACCAUGGAUAGUUGCCCAAGUAUGACAAUGGCAUCUUGA